UGAUGCAAUUACUCGAGUGCAGCCAGCACGGGGACACUUUAAAAGGAAGCAGUGCCGGCAGCAAAUAUAAAGGUUUAGUUAGUUUUGCUGUGGUAAGGUGCUGAUUGGGGGAAGUUACCUCAUAUUUGCUCGCAUUUUCUUCUGAUGACACCAUUGGCUGGUGUUUUGGAUUAAAAAUCACCCCCCACGUUUCUUUCUGCAGCACCUGACUGACCUGAACAGCCAGCUUUUACCAUCUGCUAGUGGUAGUGACUCACUGUAACUUUGAGAUGGAGAUCACCUUCCAGAGGCAGUCGCUCUUAGAGGCUGUGAACCAGUUCAUUGCAGCCACUACAACAAUGAAUGAAACCAUCUUGGUUCCUAGCCUUUUGAGGGAUGUUCCAUUGGAUGAUAAGGUGUGCCGCUACCAAGAUGUGUAUGAUUACUACCAAGCACUGAAGACUGUAAAGAAUGAGAUAGAAUGGAGUCUGCUGAGGAUGGAGGAAAGAGGCAAGCGAGGCCAUGGCCUUCGCUUGCUAAACAGGGAAGUCCAAGAGGAAAAGCAAGAAACAGAUGAAGAUUUGGAAGAACAAUUUCAUCACCAUGUGAAGGGACUCUUCAUGGUUCUCACAAAGCUGACCAAGAAAGCUUAUUACCUCACAGACAGAUAUAAUAGAGAAAUAAGAUUUGAAAGUUUUGCUCAAUAAUCCUUGUUACAAAAUGUUGGACUGAAUUUUGUUUAGACUUUGGGGGAAGGGGCCACUUGUUUAUAUAAAUGUCUAAAUUAAAACUUUUUGCAGUUUAA